GACUAAUGAAUUAAAAAUCUUGGGCUCGCCACAAUUUGCUGCUUGAUAAUGCCUGUGACAGAAGGAUUUUUUCCUCCCUGAAGCGUGACAGCAUCAGGACCUCUCGUCCCUCGCAAGGAGAGGAAGGGAAAGCAGAAUUGUGGAGAAAAGCGGAAAAGGGUGAUCUUUUGGGACAGCAAAGCCUAUGGGAAGUGCAGGUAGCAGCAUGUUGCCCUGACAGCUGUCUCAGCUUCUCAGACCUUGUCAGUUUGUUGCUAUGCAGCAGGUGCAGCCUUUUCUUUUAUUGAAGCUUUACUCCAUAAAGGCAACAACAAGCCAAGGCAGUGGCUGGCCCUGGAUUAUACAAGUGCAGACGCUCCACUAAGUGAGGGUUUCAUCUCAGUAAAACAACUUUUGGGAGCUGGCGGUCUCAGAAGCAAGACUGAGGACUGAAUAAGGUCCCAAUCCAGGAGUCAAACCCAUGCAGACAGAUCCCCACACCUGCACAGAGUUCCACUGAAGAAUCACCACCAAGCUGGAACAAACAAGUAAAAGCAUUGACUCAAGUGCCCACAUGAUCACCACCGCCAGGGUACCUGCUGAUAAGCCAGUACGAAUUGCCUUCAGCCUGAAUGACUCCCCAGAUGAUGCUUCCUCUGAAAACUCCUUCCCUUUGGCAUUUCCAGAACUAGAUCAGCAGCUUCAGCCACUGCCUCCUUGUCAUGACUCUAAGGAAUCUAUGCAGGUGUAUAAACAACACUGCAAAAUAGCAGAAGAGUACCAUGAGGUCAAGAAAGAAAUUGCUCUGCUGGAAGAAAGAAAAAAGGAGCUGAUUGCCAGGCUGGAGCAAGUGGAAAAAGAAAGCAUGGAUGCUGCUCAGCUGGCUAAAGAGUAUGCAGAACUGACAGAGGAGAACCGAACACUGAAGCUGGCCCAGACACAGUGUGUAGAGCAACUGGAAAAGCUCAGAAUACAGUACCAAAAAAGACAGGGGUCCUCGUAACUCUCAACUAGCUUAUCUGAGAUAGUUAAUACAGAAUUGGUCCUGUGCUGGAAAGAUAUUUUAAAAUAAAGGUCUGUUUAAUAUGUUACAAUACUUUACUACAGAUACAGAGUAUGCAGAAGUCUAUAUUUGAUUUAAUGCUUGCCAGCCAGUAGCUUAAUAUAAUGGAUAUUUCAUCCAUUAUAUAAUGGAUAUUUUAUUUCAAGUAACAUAAUUGAAGUUAACCUAUCCCCAUUAUAUGUUCUAGUAGAUCAGGUUUCUUUUCUAAACAUAUUUCUUCCAAUUUAAGAAGAUAUGGACACACUAGAAAAUGAUAUAAAUAGUCUCUGUGUUGGGAAUUUGGACCAUACUAAGGCAUAGAGCAGGGACAAUGGUAAUAUAUGGAAUACAUUUACGUUAAUUUUAGUUUGGUUGAAGAUUUUUCUAAUCAUUUUCCUCAUGCCUAAAGUGUUUGGAAGUUAUCUUAAAGUGGAUCUCCUCAGGGAUAAGAGCUAUACUUUAUUAUCCCGUGUCAACUUUUUACUGCUGCACAUUGAAAACUGAAGUAACAUAGUUAUUUUUUAAUCAAACGAGUGUACUGCCAGUAAUAAUUUGCAAGUUAUGAAAUUAAAAGGAAACAGAUGGGAUGAAACUUUCCUUCCUUAAGCAUAAAGAUAGCUUGAGAGUAUUUUUAUUGUACUAUUUGGCAUGCAAGAAAUGAAAAAUUAAUACAUGAAACUACCAUCAUAGUUUCAACUGAGAAUAUGUCAGUAAAAGUACAGUGAGGAUAUUUUGCUCUUAUUUUCCGGUCUGUUUGAAACAUAAGUGACUGUAAGUACGGACAUGAGUUCUGUGAUAUAUGAAUAACCUGGAAGUAAAAUGUUAGUUGUACUUGCUCUAUUUAUCCCUGUAUUUUCCUAGAUCAACAGAAAAUUCUUUGUUAUACUUCCAUUUCUAUUCAUACAGUAUUUUUUUCAUUAAAAG